AUGCUUCCUAAUUUAAGAAAUCUCUAAAAAAAUAGACCCACUGCUACAACUCCUGAUAUUUCAUAAAAGAGAAUGCUUUAACAAAAAAGUGAACAUCACGAUGUUUAUUCUCUAAAAUCUUAAAUCGAAUCUUUAUAAAAACAACUAGAAUAUGUUUAAAGUAAUAAAUCAUUUGUAAUGAAGAUAACUUCUCAAUCUUCAUGUACAUAAUGUUUAAAAUUUAAAGUAAGAAUGUAUUCUUAUUUCUCAGCAAUAAUUAGAUCUUUAAUAACUUAAUGAAAAAAUUACUAAAAGAAAUUAUGAUUAAAAAAUCGAUGAAUUACAAAAACAAUCUCUAAAGGUUAUUUUUACUAAAGGAAAAUCUAUUGAAGCAGAAACAAGAUAUGAUGAUUUACUAUUUAAAUUGAAAUAAAUUUAUUAAUAUGAACUUCUAAUUGCUGAAGAUAACUCAAUUAAUAUAAAUAAUAUUGAUAAAAUUUAAUUUUCAUAUAAGAACUCUUAAGAACAGAAUCAUUAAUCUAUUUAACAAUUAUUAUCUUAACUUGAAGAAUAAGAUUAAAUUAUAAAAAAACAAUCCAUGUUAAUCAAAAAUACAAAUUCAUAAAUUGAACAAUAAAACAGUGUAAUUUUGAAUCUUCAAAAUUAAUUAGAUAAUCUUAAAAAACAAUUCAAAGAUCGCUAAGAAUAAAAUAAAAAGACUUUAUAAACAUUACCAAAUGAUAUUUCAUCUCCAAAAUAACAUACUGAUACUCAACAACAAGAUAAAUCUCUCUUAUAAUAAUUAUUAUUUUAAAAUUAAUCUCUGAAAGAAAAAUUAAUUUAAUAAAAUCAUUAGAUUGAUAAAUCUGCUUAAGAAAAUUAAAUAUAAAAGCAUUUAUUGAGAAUUGAAGUCUUAGAGACUGAACUUAAAUUAAGUCUUCGUUGUUGUAGAUGUUAAAAUUUAUUUGAAAAACCCAGAACUUAUAUUCCUUGUGGACAUUCAUGUUGUGAAAAAUGUUAUAAAUAUAAAUGUGAUUCUUGUGAUACAGAAGCUGUUUAUAGAAAUAGAUAAUUUGAUGAAUUAAUUAGAGUAUAUUACAUUAUUAGGGAUACCAAAACAUUCAUUUAAGAAUGCCUUUUGAGAUUGUAAGGUUGA